UUUCUCAUCCGGGUCGGACCGCAGUUUCGACCUCAACAACACAAUCGACGGUACUCGAACCUGGAUGAUACCGGCCAACUGAUGCGACGUCACCACUCCACAACACAGCCACGUUUGCCAUUGGGCCGCAGAGAAGAUGUGGCUUUCAAGGCAUGCCAGGUCUGUCUCAAAUCGCAUCGAUUGUGGAAGUCUCUCCGAGUUGUUAGUGCAGAUUUGUGCGAGGGAGCCCCAAACCCACUAUCUUGCCGAGCUUUAUUUUGUCCCGUCGUGAAAGACACCUUCAGAGUAUGGGAACCAGUCUUUAACGGAAUGAGAGCUCAAAACGGACGAACCAGAAUCGAAAGAAAAUGCUGCAUGCUUGCAUGUGCAUUGUAUGUAGGCAUUGCCAGAGACAUUUUAAAUGUCAAAAUUUCUACCAGACUCGAAGAAGAAGACGACAACGAGCAGUCAAAGUGCCAUUUUGCCAAUCCCUUCGAACCAACUUGCAUGACAAAUGAUGAGUCUGCUUGUAGGCGUCAAGAGCAAAAUGGUAUUUUUUAUUCUGUUAAAUUAGCAUCAACUAGUUUUCGCGAAAUGAUUAACUUGCCAAGGCGUCCCCUGUUUUAG